UGAAGAAUUAACAAGAUGGACAAUUUAGACGACUCGGAAAAUAACGCAAAAAUAUCAGACUCUGCGUAUUCCAACAGUUGCAGCAACAGCCAGUCCAGGAGGAGUCACAGUUCGAAGUCUACACAUUCUGGAAGUAAUUCAAGCGGGAGCAGUGGUUAUGGCGGAAAACCAUCUACAUCUGGAAGCAGUGAUCAACCACCGGAAAAAAGAGCUAAAGAAAAAGAGCCUAAGAAGAAGAAACAAGCUCAAGUAGAUAGUGUGCCAACCCAACCACAACCUGAAGAGGAAAGCAGGCCGGUAGAACCGGUACAAGUCAUCGAGACACCGCAAGAAGAAAUAACAAAUGAUGUUGACCAGACACCGGCGCCUCAACUUGCACAAGAUAAAGAUGGACCAGAGAGUAUGGAGAUAGCUGUCCAAGACAGAAUCAGCGUCAGUGAUGAGGUUGUUUCCUGUAGUAUGUCAACUGUCAACGUAAUGAAUUUGGUGUCCUGCAAAUCAACAUCUUCCUCCUCUUCGGAGGGAUUCUCAUGUGUUAUAUCGAUGGAUGACGGAGUUGUUAUGUACACAACAUCUUCGCUCACUGCCACUCUUGGUUUCCCAAAGGACAUGUGGAUAGGCAGAUCAUUCAUAGAUUUUCUACAUCCUAGAGACCGGAAUACAUUUGCAUCUCAAAUAACAAGUGGGUUGGCGGUUCCAAAAAUAGCUAACGGUAAAGAAAAAGUUCAGUCACCAGCAAAUUCCGUGUCGACGAUUGUGUGCCGGAUACGUAAAUACAGAGGACUGAAUUCUGGAUUUGGUGUCAAAGAGUACGGUGUGAAGUUUAUGCCAUUUUUACUCAAACUCACAUUCAAAAACAUAAACGAAAAGGAUGGCAAAGUUAUUUACCUGGUGAUACGAGCAACUCCUUUUAUCUCAGCUUUCAAAGUACCAAACGAAACGGUAUCCAAAGCGGUCCCUUUCGUAUUGCGUCAUGCCGCAGACGGUUACAUAGAGUAUAUUGACCCAGAGUCUGUUCCGUAUCUUGGCUACUUGCCUCAGGAUUUGGCGAGUAAGGACGCAUUGCUUCUGUACCACCCCGAAGAUUUAGGCUAUUUACGCCAUGUUUAUGAAAUGAUCGUGAAACAGGGCGCAGUGCCGCGAUCUAAAUCAUACAGAAUUAUGACUUACAGUGGUGACUAUAUAAAAAUUGAAACAGAAUGGUCAUCAUUCAUCAAUCCCUGGUCUAGGAAACUGGAAUUUGUCAAUGCCAAGAAUUAUAUAAUCGAGGGCCCAUCCAAUCCGGAUGUCUUCCACACACUGGAAGCAGACAAAGUUCUGAAGUUAACUGAAGAGGAAAAGAUUAAGUCACAAGCAUUAAGAGAAAGUAUUAUCAGAAUCUUAAACGAAGUACUUACAAAACCUGCUGAGGUAGCUAAACAACAAAUGAGUAAACGUUGUCAAGAUCUUGCCUCCUUUAUGGAAAAUCUUAUGGAAGAACAGCCUAAAACCGAGGAAGAAUUACGACUGAAAAUACAGGACCCGGAUAAUAGCUACUAUGAACGAGAUUCAGUGAUGCUCGGGGGCAUAUCGCCUCACCACGACAAUUAUGACAGCCGAUCCAGUACCGAGACGCCGCUUAGUUAUAACCAGCUCAAUUAUAAUGAAAAUCUUCAAAGAUAUUUCGAUAGUCAUCAGCCAUAUUAUCAUGAUGAUUAUAAUUCGGGACCCGGCGGAUACAUUUCGAGUUCCAAAGAUUCAAAUCAUGUUACAAGCUGCAUGUCCCCAAUGGCGACAGCUUCUGGAGAUUCUGUCGAGAUGACAAGUUCGUGUGGAAGCAGCGUAGAUUUGACGACAAACUGUGUCUCUAUAUUGGGAGGUUACCAACCAGUGCGACUCACCGAGGCUAUUAUCAACAAGCACAACCUAGAAAUGGAGAAGGAAUUAAUAAAAAAUCACCGCGAAACUAGUUCUAGUACCAAAGGUGAGCGAGAAAAGGCUUCUAAGGAAACAAGAAAGAAGAAGAAAGAACAUCUCGCCAGAUGCAAUGCGAGUUUCCAACCAACCACUGCUGGCACUACAACAGUCACCGAGCCAGCGCGUCAUGGUGUAAAGCGCUCAAAACAUUUGGACUCCGAGGCCAGCACUCAUAAACACCAUUGUUCAUCGCCGCGGACAUCACGACGGCGGCAAACUACAAGCGCUGCACCUGCACAAAUAUCUUCAACAGUCACGACCGCAGCAGCAGCAAACCACUGGCAACCGAAUCCCAUGAACAAUAUGAAUACAUUCAUAUUGGGCGUUGGACUACCGCAGCAGAUGUCAAUUAUAAGGCCGAUGAUUCCACAACAAAUGUCUACAAUGACUGCUAUGCCAGGCAUGUUCCCGAUGUAUUAUGCUCCCGGGCCACCAGGCUCACCUAUGGCUUCAAGCUCAACCAAUUUAGACGCCACCAAAAAUGCUGGACAGUAUCAAGCUCAUGCAAUGCAAUGUAUGAUGUACGGUCAAACUGUGUACGGAUCGCCGUUCAUGUACUCCCCCAUAUCACCCCACGUAUCGUACUCAAUGCACCAGACGAUGAUGGCGCAGUCAAUGCAUUAUAGUAGCACUAUGAGCCCCUUAGGACUUACAACUAGUAAUUAUGAAGAGGCCUGUAAACCCAGCUUGCAUUUGAGAUCAAGCAAAUUGGGCAGCUGGCGGGAUAAGAAACCAAAUGAAUCCCAAGGGACAUCUUCUAAAAUUGCACAAGGAAAUGUCGACAGCAUAUUUUCUUCAAACACAUUAAAUCGGAGUACAGAUAUGGUACCGGAUACCGGUGAUAGCGUAUCUAGGUCAGAGAAAUCCAAAAGUACCAGGGCGAUGAACAGCGACGAGAACGUGGACAGAAUGGACGGAGAGUCCAGCUAUUCCUCUUUCUAUUCGUCAUUCUUCAAGACCGAGUCGGGAAGCGCGGAAGAGAGUGGAGACGCAAAGAAAACUACGCCUAAGAUCAGGUUUUGGGACAGAAGUCGACCAGGUGAAGAUGGUUUUGGAGAGGCGACGUCGUCCUACUACGAGCCACGCCAAGUGAAAAAGGUAGCCAAGAGAAAAAUGGAACCGCCGUGGUUGGAACAGGUGUGUGUGACGUCGGAUCUGAUGUACAAGUAUCAAGUUUUAUCAAAGACCAUGAAUGAAGUUCUUGUAUCUGAUAAACAAAAAAUGAUUAAUAUUGAACAGCCUUCGCUAGUGAACGAACAACUGAGUCAACUCUACGUGGAUCUGCAGCUCCAAGGUGUCGCAGCGAGACUUACACUCGAAGAAGGCAUCACUAGCUCAAGCAGCUCCGGAGAAGAAACUUCAAACACCAAGGCUCCCCGAAGGAAACGCGAGUAUAGCAAAUUGGUUAUGAUCUAUGAAGAGGACGCGCCUUUACCACCCCCUCCAGAGGGCGACGCAGUUGCUGGAUGUUCUGAGAAUGUAGGGUUAUAAAUUAAUGUAGACGUGCCAUCAUGUUUAAAUAACGAAAAGGUAUUAAUUGCCAAAGUGAUAUAAAGUAUAAUAACAAGGAUAUUUAUGUGUUAUAUUUUACAUAGUUUUCUUAUUAUUUUAUUAUUGACUGGUCAGAACUAUGAUGGACUAUAAGCGAAGCGUGUAGUGUAUAAGCGAAUUUUAGAUAUUGAUCAAACUAUCUCAAGUACUAAUAGUGUUUUUAUUUUAUGUUUUUAUUUUGUGAACAUGCUACUAAACCAAGAAUGUCAAUAAAACUAGUUUAUCCGAUAAUGCUGCCCGGUCGUGCAACCCAUUUUAUUACUAGUAUUAAAUCGCUUUACAUAUUUAGUUUUACUGUAUUAAUUGGGCACUUUUAUAAUUUAGGUUAUUGUCGCUUGGACUUCUACGAUUUUAGCAAUGGUUGCGCGGCCUUUUUUACAUUAACUAUCGACUAUUGUUAUUAGCAAUCGUCGUGUAGGGUUUAAUACGAAUUGUCGUUUAUUGUCAUCCAAUACAACAUGAAAAUAUUAAAGUUUUCAUACGACCUUUGAACCUUGAUUCUGAGUACUUGUCACUGAUGGCACUUAUAAUAAUUGAUUCCUUUCAUAAAUCUCAAUUUAUGAUAAACCAAGAUACUCUUAAUUACAUACGGUCAACAAUUAUUUUUAAAUAUUUCUUAAAUUUGAAGACUGUCUUGUUACUUAAUUUUUUCUUUUAAGGCGAAACCAAAUUGUUUCCAAAUGUCAGUAGUUAAUAAGUCAAUAAGCUAAAUAACUUUCGGGUUUAUAUAUCCGUUUAGUCUAUUGCUUUUAUUAUUAGUUAAUAAUUAACAUAAUUUUGAUUUACUACAAUUUAGUAUUUCUAGUACCAGAAGUGGCAAUUGAUACUAUUUGCUAUUAAUAAUGCAUUUCAAAACAAGUUUUUUGAAUGUGUAAAAUAUUUUCAGUGUUUAUACCAUGUUGAUAAAAUACAUGUAUGAAGUGUCUUAAAUUUUAUAUGUAUAAAAAUAUAAAGAAAUUUUUAUAUCUGGACAUUUGAUAGAAACUGAAAGUUGAAUUAUA